GCGGAGGAGGGAAGCGUGUCUCAGCUGGGAUCAGGGAGCAGCGGGGCGAGGCGGCGGGCGGGGGCUCCUCCUUCCAUCGCGAAGCUUAAGGGUGCUGUUUCUUCUACUUCUGCCUCCCUUCCCUCCCCCAUCGUAUAGGGAGCAGGGGACUCGAGGGAGGGGAGCAGCCCCCACACCACCCUGUUGGGAGUAGGGGAGGGUUUGGGACUCGCCCCAGGAAGAGCUGAGGGAGGAGGGCAGCGUGGCUCGAGCUGCGAGCCCCGCGUAAAUAGCAGGCACAACAUGGCGGCCCGGCAGUGACUGGGCAGCUGCACUUCCUCGCCCUCGGAGCGGGGUUUUCCCCCGACAUGCAGCCAGGAUUCGGUGUCCGAAUCUGGUGACUAAACCCUUGAAUUUAGGGCAUUUCUCCAGUAGGUGGACAGUGCAAUCAAUAGAGAGGACGUGAGUGGGGAGAUCUCGUGGAGAGUUGGGUUUUUCUAUGGGAGUAGUCUAAAAGAAAAAUGAGGUUAAGUUUCCACAACGCAAAUCGUCUGCCACCGAAGGGCUAAGUAUAGUGACCUUUAAAUAUAAGUUAAAGCUAUUUCCCCAGUGCGGUCCCUGUGAGUGAUUGAGGGGUGGGGGCUCCCUUAUAUCGUAAAAAAGUUUCUGGGUGAAAGGUGAUAAUCUCCUUCGGUUAGAGAAGUGUGUGUGGUGGUGAUGGGGGGGUUGUUUUGCUCUGCCUCGUUAGAGAAAAUUCCGUGGGCUUUGGAUAAUCUGUUUGGAUUUUAGGUCAUCUGUGCCCCGAGUAGCACUAGUGUUGUGUGCAUAUUUAAUUUAUUUUGGCUAGAGAGGUUUGUUGGUUGAGGAUGUGGUAGAAGAAAUUCUGCCUGUAGAAACUGCAGCAGCCUGUAGGAUCCUAACAUGGCGUCUGAAAGGCACAUGAUAUAAAAAGGGAAAGAGGAGGCUCCCUCUGAGCCCAGCCCAGGCAGUUGCUGACAUCAGUCAGCCGCUGUACAUGCAUGGGGGUUUGCAGCACCUUUCUAGCGAGCAUUUUAGAAGAAAAGGGUUCUUCUUUCAAUCCCCCCCCACCCCGUAUUCGUGCCAGCCACCCCUCCCCCGUUGUUUCCCUUGCUCCCUCUGAUCUCAGGUGUUAAAAGGCUUUUUUCUUUGGCUUUAAUCGUGGUUUAUAAUGGUGAGAAUUGUACUAUCUAAUAAUGGGGGUGGGAAACAUCUUUUAAGAUACUUACUCUAUCUUUCUAUCAAUGCAGGAUGUCUUUUUAGUGUGCCACAGACCUCUUCCAGUCUAGUUUUAAAUGCUGCCAGUGGCUGAGUUUUGCCAUUCCUUGGGGAGGUGACCUCAUAAUCUAAUAGCUCUCACCAUUAUAUCUCCUAAAGGGCAGUGGAUGUGUAUAAAAUGAUUUGUGAUGAAUAACAAUGCUGUCAAUUUUUUUUUUCAUUUCUGGGUGAUUUAGAACCUGCCCUGAAGUGUGGGGUUUUUUUUAAAGAUGUCUUAAAACCUGUAUCAUUGGUUAGUUUUGCCUAGUUACUGUUGAUGACUGUAGUUUAUUGAAGGCAAGUUUUUAGUUGUUUCUGGGAAAGUGAUCUCCUUUACUAAGCCACUUUUAAAAAGUGUUGCCUGGAGACAAUUUGUUUAGUGUAAAACCUGAGUGGUCUGCUUUACAAUUUAAUAAAUGGUUCUGAAAUGUGUGACUGGUAUUAUAAAAUUUGUAAAUAAAAAGUGUGAAAUAUGUAUUUGUCUUUUUAUUUACCAUUGUAUAGUGCAGAAUUUGUUUCCAAGACCCUUUUUGUAUAAAAAGUUCCUUUUUUUUUUUUUUAUAAAACAAAUUUUUUUACAAGUUUGUGACUUGGGGUUCAACUGCCAGAUAUUAUUUUAAACUUGAAAUCUUUUAGGAAACUAAUAAAAAAGAGCCACACAUUUCCAACAAUAGCUUUCCUACGUUAUUUGAAGGAACAGUGGGAGUUUUGUAAAGAAGUCUUUAAUUUAUGCUGAUGAGCUCAGAGUUAGUGUUCUUCUGUGUGCUGGUGAUUAUGCGGCGCCUCCCUGCCUUUUGAUUAGUGUCAUGUGGGCAUCUUUCGUGCUUUGGGGUGUUGCAGAGACCUCCUAAAAACAAAAUAAUUCUGGUGUGGGAUUCCCUUUUGUGGUUAUUGAAAUACGAGCUAGAUACCUUGACAUAAUAAACACUUCCAGAAGAGAAGACUUAACUAUUCCAACCAUAUUUAAGUUUGCGUUGCUUAAAAUGUGACACCUGAAUAGCUUAUAUUUGAAGCAGGGUACGCUGCUGAGCUGCUAAUUGUGCUCCAUAGUUGGAAGUCGGCUUCCUUACCUAGAUGGUGGUGUUUGCGUGUUUGAUUGGUGUUAACAGUCUGAUGCAUGAUGAAAGUGACAGUUAAACUUUAUUCAGUGCUUUUGCUACUAAUGGUUCCCCAGCAUCUCAAACUUACAGCUUAGCCGAGUGCAGUGAGCUACUUUCAUGCAUUGGUGAAAUGGAAGAAUUUAACUCGGGGAGUAGCUCUUGGGCAUAGGUACUUCUAGGACAGCUCUUUGUGUCCCUAACACAGCUGACUAAAAGUCAGAAAUGGUGCGCUGUCAUUUUGUUAUAAAGGAAGACACUCAGAACUGGAGUGUUUCUAAUGUGCCAUUGGUGCAGACUGCUUCAGAGGAAGCCAGUAUUCCACAGAUACUUAAAACAGCUGCAGAUCCACAGUCUUCUAUGUCUGAGACUGAAGUGAUGCUUUUUUCUAACACUUGCACAUUGGGUUGUUUACAGUUCAGUAUUGCAUCACAGUGUGAAGUUGGCUUCUAAUGUGCUGCAAUUAAUUUUAGCUAACUUAGCUGGGUUUUUUUGUCUUUCUGUGUACAAAAUGCAUCACCUGGCUGAUUCUGCUUUUUCCCAGUAUGUUCGAAGGCAGUGACACCCUCCCGCCCCCUUCUGCCCCCAACUAACAAGGAGUUCUGCCCUCUUCAAUAAUAACUUUCAGGUCAUGGUAAACUAGUACACUUUAGAGGGUGAGGAAGCGCUCUGCCCAUGUAAAAAUACCGUUGAGUGGGUGCCCUGUGAACCACCUUAAAGGGGAAGGAAUUGGAUUUAAAAUGGUGAAGAAAAUGAGCAAUGAGUGAAGUUACUCUGCUUUUAUCCCGAGUUUACCAGAUGGUGAAUGGAGCUUAAAGUAUUACAAGUGGAUGCUCUUCCAAGGGGGUCAUGGUCAACGCACACUGCUUGUGUUGUCUUUCAUGUCCUCUUCAACAAGUCUGUGUACUUGCUGAUUUUUUUUGAGCUUUGCUGUGCCUUCUGCUUUGUGAAAGCUACUGGCAGGCAUUAAAAUCGCUUUUAGUGGUCCAGUACUGCUUUCUGUAAAUUGGAAGUUGCUGUAGCGGUCCAGGGUCACCACACUUCUAUCACACAAACUUGGUACGAGUUUUGAAAAAGGAUUUAAAAAAAUCCCAACCAAAAACAAACAAACCAGAAAACCAAGCCUCCUGUAGCAAAGCUGUGUCCAGAGUUUGAAGACAACCUUCUAUGAAAAUGGUGGUUGCAGUUCCUGAGCUUGUCUGUGCGUUUAACCAGUCGACCAGAUGACUGAGUUUUGACUGGAUUUGGAACUCUGUUCUGACUGUGUUUUUGCAUGCACUCUGGAAAUCAGAACCAUCGCCAUCUGCAAAUGCCAAGAGAGAAUGGGACUCUCUGCUAUAUCCAGUUGGAUUACAGUGAAAUAAUUGCAACCUAUUCUACGUGUAAUUUACGAAGGACUGUGAUAAUCAACAUAUAAUUUACAGCUACAGAAGUUCACUGAUUUGGGCUGCUUUCCAGAAGUCUAAUUUGUGUUCUAUGAAAUCCAGAAAAAUCCAUCCAGGAGGUUUGAAUUAUAAACUAUUUUUAGAAGUUCCUUGAAGUGCUGACGAUGGUUUCCUGCUAAGUUACUUCCUCAAGGGAAAGGUUACACUCAGUAUACUAGUGGCAAUACUGUCUCAUGGGCUUCUUUUUUUCCUCUUUUUUUUUUUUUCCCUCUUUUUCCAAAGCUUUGAUACACAAACAAAUUAACUUAAGGUGUUCCUUUAUUUUUUUUUCUUUUUUUAUUUUUUUUUCUUUUUUUGGUGAUAGACCCGCUGCAUUAUGCUUUGAACGGAGUGUCCAUUUUUCAGAUUAAGUUUUUGUAUAAACCAAAAUCCCAAGACAAAUCCCUUGGUAUUUAUAGUGGCAACCAAAAAGAGAGGUCUGUAUUUCUGGGAUUGGUAAUCCCUUUAUUUGAAAUGGUUAAAGUAUGUUUUUGUUGUACUAAACUUCUCAGUUUCUUCUUAUUACUCCAGGCUCCUGCAUCAGAGAAGCUACCCGUUAUGUACCUAAUGGAUUCCAUUGUCAAGAAUGUGGGAAGAGAGUAUCUCACUGCAUUUACUAAAAACCUAGUUGCAACAUUUAUUUGUGUAUUUGAAAAGGUGGAUGAAAAUACUAGGAAAAGUUUAUUUAAAUUGCGCUCCACAUGGGAUGAUAUUUUUCCUUUGAAGAAACUAUAUGCACUUGAUGUCAGAGUCAACUCAUUAGAUCCUGCCUGGCCAAUUAAACCUCUGCCCCCAAAUGUGAAUACUUCUAGCAUCCAUGUGAAUCCUAAGUUUUUAAAUAAAUCGCCAGAGGAAUCUAAUGCACCUACCUCUGCUGUCACUUCUGGUGCCUCUACUCCUCCAGCUGUUCCUGAAAUACAAAAGAAUUUGACACAGGAGCAACUGAUAAGGCAGCAAUUGCUUGCAAAGCAAAAGCAGUUGUUAGAACUUCAGCAAAAAAAACUUGAGCUGGAGCUGGAACAGACUAAAGCACAGUUGGCUGUAUCUCUUAGUGUUCAGCAGGGAUCAUCUAGUAUAGCUUCAGUUCCAGCACCUUCCAAGCAACACGUGUCUCCCACACCUCAUAUGACAGUUAAACCACCUCAUCAGGCUGCUGUGCAAUCUGAAAAAAUCAAACCAUCCCCAAGUCCUCCACUUCAUGACAUCAAAAUAGUGAACAGGGAUCCUCGGCUUAAUAGGAUGGGUCAACAUUCUUCUCAUACUAAAGAUCAACCUCAUAGGAAAGAAUUUUCUCCAAGUCUGACCAGUCAGUCUGAGACCAAGGGAAACAAAACAGCACAGGCUGAAAAACAGAACUCAACAAAGUCAGAAAAAUCAAAAUCAAGUGAAAAAACCCAGAAGAAAGAACUUGAACAGUCCAAAGCAAAAUCUAAAUCACCAUCCCCUUUGAAAAAUAAGCUGCCUGAUACUAAAGACAAUAAAAGCCAGGAAUGUGAAAGCACUAAGGUUUCUGACAUCAGUAAGCGGGAUCCAAGACUGAAAAGACACCUUCAAGAUAAGUCGGAGGGGAAGGACGAGGAGGUCAAAGAAAAGAGGAGAAGUACAGAGAAGAAGGAAAAAGAGGAGCAUAAGACAUGUGAACACAGACCAGUGGGGAGCAGAAAUAAAGUAAUUAAUGGUGCUGUUCAGAAACAAGACACGACGACAGAGGAGUCAGAAAAACAGGGUGGAAAACAAGGAAGAUCAAGUAGUAGAAAGCGGUCACGGUCACGGUCUCCUAAGGCAAGAUCACCCUCUACACAUUCUCCAAAAAGACGAGAGAGGAGAUCACCUAAAAGAAGACUUCGGAGUCUAUCUCCCACUUCAUCAACUCCUAAAAUUGGAAAGAUACGUCAGAUAGGCCCUAAGCAGUCUCAUGUUGAAGAAGGCACACAAGCAGCAAGAGACGAAAGAAAUUCUAAUAAGAGAAAUGUUAAACAAGAGGUACGUGAUCCAAGGAGAUUGAAAAAAGCCCAAGAAGAAAGACCCCAAGAGACAGCCACCCAGCAUUCUGCAAAAGCUUCUCCAGAUCCAAAGGAAAACGCAGAAAACUGGCAGGGAUCCAAAUCAGGCAAGAGGUGGAAAUCUGGUUGGGAAGAAAGUAAAAACUCACAGCAGAAUGAUGAACACCAAGCACUUGUUAAAUCCCCUCACCAAAGACAUCGGGAAAACUGGCCUGCUGGAAAAGGAAUUCUUUCACCCCGAGCACCGAAGCAGCAGCACCGGUUAAGUGUGGAUGCCAAUUUACAGAUUCCCAAAGAAUUGACAUCUGCAAGUAAAAGAGAAUUACUUAAGAAGGCUAAUGACCGCUUAACAUCUGGUGAAAUAACACAGGAUGAGUUUCUCAUGGUAGCUCAUCAGAUCCGACAGCUGUUCCAGUAUCAGGAAGGAAAGCACAGAUGUAAUGUCUGGGAUAGCCCUACAGAGGAAAAAUGUGGCUUGAAAAAGAAACCUCUUCUAUCGGAUGCAGAAUUAACAUAUUAUGAACAUAAAGCUAAGCUAAAAAGGACACAAGUUCAGCAUUCAUUGUCAAGGCUUGAUCUGUUGGAUCCUGAUGAUAUUUUGGAUUAUCAUAUACCUGAUGCAUUGCUUUCUGGAAUAGAAUGUGAGCAGACAAAAGCCAAGCGGGGGGUACAGUUUGACAGAAAAGAACCAUUUGCAGAAAGAUCAAGGAGACACUCUCCUGUAAGUGGCACUACAAGACCUUUUGCUGAAAACCUCUCACCCCUUGAGAGUCGACGAAGACUUGAAGAGCAGCGUGCUACUAAAGGAGCAAGAGGUUCUGAUCCUUAUGACAGCUGGGGAGAAUCGGAUGAAUUUAGAGAUGCUCUCAGACAACAGGGGAAAAGUACAGCAGAGUUCCAAAAAAUAGAUGGGGAUGCACUUUGUAGGUUUGAUAGUCGUGAAGAAAGACAGCUUCUUGGGCAAGCUGGUGUUCGAGAGGAACCAAGGUCACCAUUCACUGAACGUUUCAAAAGAGCUAGGUAUGAGGAUCCAGAGAAAGCACCAUUUCCAGAAAGUCCAGGAUCAAGAUUUGGAGGUAUUGAAGCAAAGCAGAGGAUAAGUGCACUGAUGGAAGACAGACCUCUAUUUGAUGGCUCACCUAGACCAACUGCUGCAAGGGUUGGGGUAGAUGGACAAGGAAGUCCUUUUGUUGAUGGUCCUGCUGCUGGUUCAAGUUCCAGAAUUGAUGGGCCAGCUGGACAGGCUGCUAUGAGAUUUGAGGGGCCUUUGGUGGGGACAGGUGCAUCUCAGUUUGAUGGACCACUGGCAGGAGCAGGGGGAGCUGGAGCCCUAAGAUUUGAUGGGCCACCAGGACAGCUGGCAGGGGCCCUGAGAUUUGAAGGACCCCCCGGUCAGGUUGGUGGAGGAGGUCCGCUGCGGUUUGAGGGACCUCUUGGGCCUUUGCGGUUUGAGGGGCCUGCAGGGCAGCCUGUAGGUGGUCCUAGAUUUGAAGGCCCUGGAGUUGGUCUCAGGUUUGAGGGUCCUCAUGGUCAGCCUUCAGGUGGUCUCAGGUUUGAGGGGCCUCAUGGUCAACCUAUGGGGCCUCGGGGUCAACCAGGGGGUGGUCUCAGGUUUGAGGGACCCCAUGGUCAACCCUUGGGGCCUCAUGGUCAACCAGGGGGUGGCCUCAGGUUUGAGGGGCCACAUUUACAGCCAGUGGGGCCCCAUGGACAACUUGGAGGUGGCCUCAGAUUUGAGGGGCCACAUGGUCAGCCCAUGGGGCCACAUGGACCAUCAAGUGGUGGGCUCAGAUUUGAGGGGCCACAUGGACCAUCGGGUGGUGGACUGAGAUUGGAAGGAUCUCGUGGUCAGCCGGGUCUAGGUCCUAGGUUGAUUGAUGGACCAGUACACCAGGGAGCUGGUGGACUUAGAUUUGAUGGUCCUCUUGGUCGGGCUGGUCCAAGAUUUGAUGGCUGUCAUGGAGCUGGAUUUGAUGGUCAGCCAGGACAGCUUUCUCUCCUGCAAAGAUUUGAUGGAAUUCAUGGACAGCCUGGUCCAAGGUUGGCACCUGGUCAACAGGCACAAGCAAGAUUUGACACAGCCAUACCUCAAAGAUUUGAUGGACCUCACCAGCCAGCCUCUAGGUUUGACUUGCCCCUUGGCCUUCAGGGUGCACGUUUUGAAAAUGUAGCUAACCAUCCUGCCUCAAGACUAGAAAUGUCACCAUAUGGACAAGGUGGUCCGUUUGUUGAACAUCCUGGCCAGGGCUACAAUGGACCAGCUCAUGGAAUGCAGUUCCAGAGACCUGAUAUAUUUGAUGGUUCACCUGGACCAAACUUCAAUGGGCCAGGUGGCCCAGGAGCCCAGAACUUCCCACUGAGAGCAGCUGGACAUUACUUUGAAGAAAAAGGUCUCCAGGGUCCUCAAUAUGGAAAUUUCAGUAAUAUGCCGAUGGGAGGUAAUCAGGUUUCUCUCAUGUCCGCUCAACCAGGACCUUAUGGUCAAGGUCAGCAGUAUUUGCCAAAUCCUGGAAAUUUUGUCCAGAACCCUGCAGGAGCCCUUUCCCAUUCAUAUCCCGAUAACCACCUUGGACAGGUUGAUGUGAAUGAAUUGUUUGCUAAACUGCUGAAAACAGGGAUACUCAAAUUGUCUAAAACUGAUUCCGCUUCAGCACAAGCAAACGAAGCAUCGGCCCAGCCAACUGCUGAAGAAGAAGAUGAUGAUCAGAAUGAAGAUCAAAAUGUUCCAGACCUCACUAACUUCAUAGUUGAAGAACUUAGACAGCGUUACGAUAGUGUUAUAAAUCGGCUGUACACUGGAAUUCAGUGUUACUCCUGUGGAAUGAGAUUCACUACUUCACAGACAGAUGUUUAUGCAGAUCAUUUAGAUUGGCAUUAUCGCCAGAACCGGACAGAAAAAGAUGUUAGCAGAAAAAUUACACACAGGAGAUGGUACUACAGUUUAACAGACUGGAUUGAAUUUGAAGAAAUAGCAGAUCUAGAGGAGCGUGCUAAAAGCCAGUUCUUUGAAAAAGCUCAUGAAGAGGUUGUGUUGAAGACGCAGGAAGCUGCGAAAGAGAAGGAGUUUCAGAGUGUCCCAGCUGGGCCAGCUGGUGCGGUCGAGAGCUGUGAAAUUUGCCAAGAACAAUUUGAACAGUAUUGGGAUGAGGAAGAGGAAGAGUGGCACCUGAAGAAUGCCAUCAGGGUAGAUGAAAAGAUUUACCAUCCAUCUUGUUAUGAAGAUUACCAGAAUACAUCAUCAUUUGAUUGCACACCAUCUCCCAGCAAGACUCCUUCAGAAAAUCCACUAAAUAUAAUGUUGGACAUUGUUAAACAAGAAACAGAAGAGUCCUGUGACUCACCUAAAAUCAAAGAAGAACCUGAUGACACCCCUCCUGCCUGUGCAGAAGAGAGCACACCUGCAUCUACAGAAAUCAAAACAGAACCUGAGGAGUCUGUUUAAAUAAACUGCGGUAUGAUUUUUUUUUUUUUUUUUUUUACAGAAGAGCUGCUGUGUUAAUUCUGGAAGGCAAAUACUUUUUAUAUGAAUAAAAAUGUCCAACUGAGGCAGGGCCUCAACUACUGUUUGGUUAAUAAAUACAUUUUUGUAUUUGAAAUUUCUUAUUGCCUGCACAGUUUCAGGUGUCAUUGUGUGAAAGUUCUGUAGAUGCGUGAAAAUUUAAUGGUAUAUGUAAAAAUGUAAAAUUUUCACUUGUUGAAAUGUAAAUUAUAAAUAAAAGAUAUUUUUGCUAUAUAUGGAGUGUAAUGUUUAUGCACACCAUCAAAUAAAGACAGUGUUUAUGUA